UGUCAUUUGGUUAUUUGCGAAUAUGAGCAGCUUAUGAAUCGAGCGGUGGCCCUUUCGAUGCCGCCAAAGAAACGAGCUGCAACUACACCGAUUGUAGUUGGAACUGUGUCUACACGCUCUACGAGACGGCAGAGCGUCGUCAACAUUGAUAUUCCGAAGCUAAAUGCGAAAACGAGGAAAUCGGCCAGGAAUGGAGUCAAACAGUCGAAGAAGCCGUCGAAAAGUGGUAAACGCAGGAGGAAUGAGAUAGAAAUUGAAAUAGACGAGCCUUCUUCCGAAGAUUUCACUAUGCCAUCAUCAGGAGAAGCACAGCAAAUGGUUAAGGAGUUACUAGAAGAGUGGUGUGACCAAGACAGUGAUGUGGAAGACGAGGAAGACUCAGAAGGCAAAUCCAGAGAAGAAGAAUCAAGCCAAGACAACAGUGAAAUAAUAUUAGAGGCAGUCGAUCAACAAAAUGUGACUAUAGAAUGUGUGACUGAAGAUGUUACUUCAUUGGACAGUAGUGAAUUCAGUGUGUCCAAAAGUGAGCCAGAUGAAGAAUCUAGUCCUAGUGAUUCAGUAGAAGAUCCCAAUUCAAUACUAGUCAGGAAAGAUGACAGUUCAAGUAGUAUACCUGGUUGUCAAACCACAGAGAUUGUUGAGCUUGAAUCCAAGGAUACAGAGUAUGUAGAACCAGAUUUUGUUAAUAGUGAGGUUGUUAUUCAGGAGCCAGUUGAGGAUGUUGUGGAGGAGGUAUUCAUUGAAGAAGACAGCAAUCUUUUAUCUGGAUCUUCACAAACCAGUGACAAACCAGUGUUUGAAAGCAGUCAGAAUUAUGUUGAAGAUCCAAGUCACACAGAAAAUGUCAUUAAUGAAGAGUAUAAUAAAGAAGUUAUACAAUCUGAACCAGAAAAAGUUGAUGAAUAUUUACAAGAAGUUCAAGAAGAAAACUCACAAGAGAGUUGCAUGGAGGAUGAAGAGGUGGCUGGUUUGUGUGUGUCUCAAGAACAAGUUAUACAGAGUGUAGAAGAACAGAUAUUUGGAUGUGAAGAUGAAGAAACUGAAAUUCAUACUAGUAUACAAGAUAAAGAUUCCACUUAUCUUAAUGAUACUUCUACAACUGUGGUGGAAACAGGAUUAGAAGCAGAAGAUAGUGUGGAAGCUAGUAUUAGAGAGAUCACAGCUGAUACUGAAAAAAUAUUAAUUGAUCCACCCCCACAAGCCAGUAUUGUUCAAGAAAAACCAAAUGAAGUUUUAGAAACUCAAAAUAAGUGUCAAACUGAACAUACAGAUAAUGUGGAACUGACUGAGGAAAGAAAACAACAUUUUGAAUCAAUAGAAUAUCAGCUUCAACAGUUUGAGGACAAAGAUCAGGAUGAAACAAUGAAAGAAGUUGAGUCUAAACCAAAAUCAGUGGAAGAUGAAACAAAACAACUUAUAUCUCAAUUGGAUCAAAUUUCAAUACAGAAAAUUAAAGAUGGAUUAAAAGCAAAAUUAUUGAUAAAAGAACCAGUUGUACCAAAGGUGGAGAAAGUUGAGGAAAAAGAAGAAGUUAUGCAAGUUGAAGAACCCCCAGUAAAAGAGGAGCCUGAAAGCGCCGACACCAAAGCAUUUGAAAAAGAUAUUAGUAAAAUUCAAGAAGAAACCAGUUUAAUAGAAGAAGAGACAAGUAAAAUUGCCAAAGCAAUUGCUAGACUUACAGGUAAAUUAGAUCUGAAGACUGAAACAAAUGAAAAGGACGUAAAAGACAAUGACGUAAAGGAGGAAACGCAAACAAUUCCUCCAGAACAAAAACCAGAAACCGUUGUACUGGAAGAAAAGAACGCAUUUGAAGCUGAAAUCGCUAAAAUGGACAAGCCAAGUCCAAAGAAAAAAUCCCCGAAAAAAGCACCAAAAACGCCCCCCUUAAAGAAGGCGGAGCCCAAACCAAAAGCACCAAAAGUGAAAAAAACUGAUAAACCCACGAAAACUGCCAAUAAAGAACCAAAACCCAAAGCAAAACCUGUUAAAGAGAAGAAAGCACAAUCCGAAAUUAAACCACCGAAAGAAACCAAAGCAAAAGAACCCAAACCGAAAAAGCCAACCAAAAAGAAAGCGGAGAAAAAAGAAAUGGAUCCGACCAAAAAGAAAGACGACGAAGAUGAGGAAAACAAUGAGAUCCGACGGUCGAGUCGUAUCAAGUCGAUCAGUCACUUGAAGAGGAAAACGAAAGGUCACGGUCUGGUUAAAUCGAAAUCCGACACAACUUUGAAUGAAGGGGAAAACUCGGAGAACAGCAACUCCGGAUUCACGGACUCUGAAAAGAGCACGCCGGUCGCUUCGCCAAUGCCCAGGGAGAAGCCGUUCGCCAAAUCUCGGAAAUCUGCCGACAAUCUGUCGAAGGACGUUCAAGCCAACGUGGCCAAGGUCCAAAUGGACAUCAAGCUGUUUAAUGCGAAGCCGAAACUGACACAGGACAAAGAAGUCGAGAUGAGGCUCAAACAGUUUGUGCACUUGAAGGAAAACAUGUAUCUCACGGACCGGAUGACUUGUAAGGAAGCGAAGAAAAUGGCUUGCGACUGCUUUUUGACCGAAGAAGAGAUCGCCGCCGACGAGUACGGAUGUGGAGAUGAUUGUCUAAAUCGUCUCCUCAUGAUCGAAUGCGGUAAUUUGUGCCAAGUGGGCGACAGAUGCACUAACAAACGGUUUCAAAAAGGGCAAUUUGCACCUGUGGAGGUGUUCAACACGGAAAAGAAAGGUUUAGGUUUGAGGGCGGCCGCGAAUAUUGCAUACGGUGAAUUCAUCUUGGAGUACGUAGGUGAAGUACUGGACUCGGACGAGUUCGAUAAACGUGCAGAGCACUACUCCGUCGACAAAAACAUCCACUAUUACUUCAUGUCUUUGCGAGCCGACGCCAUCAUCGAUGCCACCAUGAAAGGCAACAUCUCACGAUUCAUUAAUCACUCCUGCGACCCAAAUGCGGAGACGCAAAAAUGGACCGUCAAUGGAGAGCUGCGUAUCGGAUUUUUCAGCACAAGAACCAUUUUGGCCGGCGAAGAGAUCACGUUCGAUUACCGGUUCCAACGAUAUGGCAAAGAGGCUCAGAAAUGCUACUGUGAAUCGGCCCUGUGCCGCGGAUGGCUCGGCGAAAGACCGGAUUCAUCUGAUGAGGAAGACGAGGAAGAGGAGGAGGACGAAGAUGGACAAACAGAGUCUAAAAAAGACACAGUUAAGAUGGAAACUGGUGUUGACAUUAAAGACAAAUCCUUAGAAGAACCCGAUGAGCAUUCCGAUUCCAUGAAUGAAUCGUUGCAGGAUGUUUCUAAAACGGAGACAAGUCCUGCUAGCGAAAAGAAAACAGCCAGGCGGAAACCUAGGAAAGACCUACUGGAGGACAUGGAUUCUCUGGAUGAAGACAUCGACUUACUGGUGGAAACUGGACUGAAGAACCAGGCGCACACGUUAAAACUGAGCAGAUUCAUGGUCCGCGCGAAAGAGAUGAGCCAAAGGGCGAAAUUGCUACGGGUCCUGCGAAGAGGCGAAUUGCCUUGCCGUAGAUUGUUCUUAGACUAUCAUGGUCUAAGACUAAUGCACGGCUACAUGAUUGAUGCCCAAAGACCCGAAAAGAAGUACGAGCAGUGCCGAUUAGAGUUGCUGCAAACCCUAGCCAUGCUUCCCAUUCCUAACAAGACCAUGUUACAGGACAGCAAAGUGUUGAGCACUGUAGAGAACUGGUCCACCGGCAAAUCCGUCACUUCGCCGGACUCGGACAGCAACUCGCCCAAAGACCAAGACACGUCCGCCAAAGACAAUGAGCCGGACAACGAAGCGGACAAAACUAGCUGCGAAGAAGAAAUCGUUAGUUUGGCCACCAAACUGCUGGAGGAGUGGUCCAACCUGAAGGAGGUCUUCAGGAUACCGAAGAAGGAACGUAUCGAACAGAUGAAGGAGCACGAACGGGAGGCGAACAAGAAGUACAUGCUGAACGCCGAACACGACAAUCGACUGUCCGGCAGAUCGAGGGACAGGUGGGGCAACAAAUACGACAAGGACGACUACAAGAAGAGACGUGCGAAACUGGACGAACGGGAUCGGGCCCUCUCGAUGUACAAGAUCACGAAGCAGGAGAGGCGUAAAUUGUUCGCGCUUCAGGAACAGCUCAAAGAGGAGGAGCGCAGGAGGAAGCAGCGAGAGAUGUGGAGAGAACACGAGAAAAAUUGUCUAUUGAUAGGCGCCGAUCCGCGGUUCACGGCGCCCUUCGAUCCCAGCCGCGGGUUCCAGUAUGUGUGGAACCAGUCGUUGGGACAAUGGCAAAACAUACCUAUACCUGCCGACAAUGAGUUCCGUGGUCAAAACAUCCCGCCGACCAUGCAGCCGAAUCUGAAUCAACCACUGCCAGAUCUGAGCGUGCCGCCGCCCCAAUUGUCGAAGUCGGCGAACAAUUAUCCGUCCUUCGGGAUCCAGCCGCUCGGACCACCACCGAUGCCCUACCAGGGGAAGCAACAGGCCCCUGGCACGCCGGGUCCCGUCCAACAGUCUCCGUCCUCGUUGCCGUAUCAACCUUCACCGGGACAAUCUUACCAACAACCGUCGUGUUCGAUGGAAGGAUAUUCGACUCCUACGGAGGAGGUUGAGGUCACUAUGCUGGGGACCGUCAAGUUCUUAGGUCCGAUUCCACCGCCGGCUAAGCUACCUACGAAGUGGAGAUGCGCCAAGGACAAGUACGGCCGGCCGUACUACUAUCACGUCGUCAUUAGAAAGAGCCAGUGGGAACCACCUCCAUUAGACUAUGACGAAGAGGAGGAAUCUUCCGAGGUGUCGACGUCGACGUCGGAAUCGAGUAGCGGCAGCUCGGACGGCAGUUCGGACGGGAGCGACAGCGACGACGAGAUCGACGACACCAAGUUGCUGCUGCAGGUGCGCAAGCAGAUGGAGCAGUCAAUUAAAACCGAACCGACGACGCCGACGUCCCCCGUUCCGGCACCGGCCGUCGACAGUCCGACGUUCAGUCCCGAAGAGAAGGUGCAAGGUUCCGACGACGAGGGCGAGGAACAAUUGGACGAGGAGCCUCCCCAGGAGUUGGACGAGUCGGGGCUGACGUCCAUCGACAUCAGGUUGAAGGAGCAGUUCGACUUCCUGAAGGAGGAUAAGGUGCCGCCGACUAAGAAGCGACGCGUGGGGCUUGUGCAGGAGAUAAUCAUCAGUCCUCGGACUGAAGAGGAUCGCCUGCAGUUCAAGGAGGAUUUGAAGCGAUACAAGCACAACAAGGAGAAGCUGAAACGGGAGCGGGAGCAAGUUUUAUUGCAAUCGAAGAAACAAGCCCGAGAAGGGGAACCAAAGAAGAGGGAGAAGAAGUUGAGGUCGACGGUUAAGGCGAGGAUUAAGGAAAUGACGGACUUAAAUAGUGAAGCUGCCGAAGUUGCGAAGAAGAUUAAAGAGUCGUUCCGGUCGAAUAUGGCGACGACAGUUGUGAGUGUGCUGAACGCUUACAGGAAACCGGACUGUAAGAAGGCUCAAAUCACUAACACCGAUGAUUUCAAGCACUUGGCAAGAAAGCUCACUCAUUUUGUAAUGUUGAAAGAGAUGAAGCAUAUUGCGAGGAUUGAAGAUUUGACGUGUACGGACAAUGUAAAGUCAAAAGCUCGAGAAUAUAUCAGGAAAUAUAUGAGUAAAUUUGGAGAGACGUACCAGAAGAGAGCCGAUGAGCCUGACUUCAAGGACUGACGUCUAAUUGAUCCUUUGGAGUUAGUUUGGACUCAUUAUUAAUCAUUUUAACUAUAUUUUAUAAUAUUUAUGUGUAAUUUGUAAAUAGGGUCUAAUAUUGUUUGUAAGUAUCAAUUUAAAAAUGAUUUAUUUUUGUAAUUGUCUUAAACAUGCUGUAAAUAUUCAAGACAAGUAAUAGUUAUAAGUUAUAAACCUGUCGUGUUUUAUAAAUAGUGCAAAUAUGACAAAUUGUUUUAAAUCUUUAUAUUAAUGACUGCAAACCUUUUAUAUACAGUAGAGACUAUUAAAUAAUACUGUUUAGCAUAUUGUGAGUUUAUCACAGAAUUUGUUUGUACAAAACUGUUAUUAGACGUACCUUAUUGUGCUAUUGUAGAGUUAAUUAAAUGAUGUAAUUUUUAUUAAGUAUUAUAUCUUGAUUUGAAUAAAUACGUAAUUGAUUAAUUA